CGUCACCGGGAUGACGUUGUUAGAUCGCGGCAAAGAACGAGCGAGAAAUCAAGCCGUUCGCAGUGGGUAACGCGAAAGCGUUCAGAGUAUACUGUGCGUCAGAGAUUCUUUCUCGCCUUUCUACAGAAUUAUCAGUUCGUCUCGUGAGAGCAUUAUAAUUUUACCACAUUUUCUAUAAACUUACGAAAUUAUGAUCACGAAUACAGUUAUUUCGUUAAAUACUAACACGUACGUGUUGACACAUGUGUGUAUUAACGAACGGAAUGUGAAAAAAUGCACGUACCACAAAGAGGCGUCGGAAGACAUUUUUGAGAGUUCGAAGAUACGAGGGAAUUCAUCGAUACGGGAAAUCAAAGAGGAAUGAAAAAAGGCGAUGGAAGACUCGGUCCUUGGUAAUUUGGGCUCGCGAAUAUUUAAUCGAGGAAUCGGUGUCGAAUUGCGAGGGAUUUAAAGCGAAGCGGAGAACGAGCAGAGACGAAAAACGGAAGGAUAACGAAAGACUCGGACAAUCGACGGAGACGAGGGUCCAUGGAACGAUCGCUGACGGGUGCAGAGGCUGAAAGAAUCUUGCGUCAUAGGAGCUCGAACGUAAUUAUGAAAAAUGAGGAUCGAGGGAUAGUCGCGAAUCCGAAAAAUCAGAGCGUGCCGGAGAGCACAAGCUGCGGUAGGGCGGAAACUAGAAUUGGGACGAUCUCGAGGCUCUUAUUGUCGGGUGGUGAGCCACGAGCCAGUUGCCUGAAGGCAAUCUAGGAUGGGCUGCAGAUCGGCAGCUAACGAGAGGGUGGCCAGGGAAGGGUGCAGCUUUCGUCAGCGAGGCAAAAAAGCAGACUCGACGAUAUUAACGAACGCGAUAAAAAGCAGAAGCAAAACGAGGACGAUCUUGCCGAGCGGUCUGCUCGAUCUCGACUUCAUCGUUCUGAAGAUAUUAACGCCGAUCGAAGCGUUUCUGCGGGUCGCUGAGGUCGGCCGGAUCAGCGAGAGCCUCGCGGAAGAAGAAGAAGAAGAAGAAGAAGGUGGAGAGGAGGAGCCGGAGGAGGCGGUGAGCCGCGAGGGGAACGGAGGAACGAGAAACUUCGGUGACAGUGAAUUAGUUGUGAGAAAAAAGCCGCGAAAGAAUCGCCCGGGGAAGAGGGAUUUUCUGAGAAGCAUUAAAAUAAGUGGAAGAAACGAAAAGAAUAAGGAACGAAAAGGAAGCCCCGAGAGGUGGUCGUUCGGUGAAAACGACGUGGAGACGACGUCAGGAAGAUAGCCUAGCCCGGGAGAUAAUGCAGAGGCUGCGUUCGACCUUCAAGAGGUCGCGGACGCCGACUGGUGCGGAAAUGAAGUCGCAAUCGAGCCUCGAAGUGCCAAAGCAAGUGCGUUCAGCCUCCUUCGACGAGAUUCAACUCGAGGCGAAGCGUCACGACGUCAAAGAUUUGCAGACGCAGAAUCGUGAUGCGAGAUCGUCGGCGUGUACGACGAGGACGACCUCGUCCUCGUCGUCCUCGUGUUCGCCAGGGCGAUCGUCCCAGCACGAGGUCAAAUCCCGUAUGCCGAGCACGCUGCGCGUCCCGCAAUUGCAAAGUGGCCAAAGAUCCAAGAGUUUUGACGUUUGCGAGAGGAACGUUUUGCUCGGCACGGGCCUGAGCGCGACGAGCCAAAAGCGUCAAGCGCAACUGUCCUCGAUGGGUCGCUCCACCGGAUUCUCGACUCGCGGUAAAUUCGAGCGGGAGACCCCGCUCAUUCAAUUGUCAGGGUGUUAUCAUUGCGCCUGUGUCGAAGAGUACAAAAAUCUAUAUCUGAGAACGCAGGAUGACGACGAGGACGAGGAGGAGGACAACGAUAACGAGGACGAGGACCGCGAGGACGAGAACGACGGUAAGAUCGAUGCGAACGAUUACGCCGGGUACAAAUACGACGUUGCUUCCGGCGGACGAAACGAAGAUGAUUUUGCCGACGAGGAUGACGACGAGGAGUACGAGGACGAGCUUGAUCUCGGUGACGUUGUCUCCCGUCAAGCCUCCGGGCACGAGGACGAGACCGAAAUGCCCGAGAUGUCAGCCCGCAACUGGUCUCCCUCGACCGACGAGGACGACAAUAAGAAACGAGGCGGUGGCAGUCCCGAGAUAAGGGUAACUCUGACCACCAACAGUUACCAAUCUUACGAUAAAUCGAACCUCGAAUUCGAUACCGGUAGUUCGGACGGCACCGAGGUCAGGCAAUACGACUUCGUUUCCUGUGACAGACAACAGAGAAGAAGAUCCGUCGCCUCGCCGAGGCUUUCGCGUCAGGAGGCACUGACCUCGUUCCCUCCCGAACUACCAGCGAUCCGUGGUCUCAUCGAGGAUGAAGACCUCCAACGGAUUAACGAUUACGAGGACGAUGCUGCCUCCUCCAGGUCGCGCAACAGCUCCCUCAACUCGCCACCCGAUCGUCCCUCCCGCAACACUCAUCUCGAUCAUCUCGACGACAACAAAACGAGGCUCGUCGUUCGUGAUAUUUUUCUGACCGUUCCCGAGCUCAAACGCGACCGUGCAGCUUCCGUUGACUCUUGCUUCAACAAUAAUAAAAACGGUAAGAACCCCGGGGGCAUCGGGGUCCCCGGUGAUUCCGACUCUCUCAACGUACCGCAACAAAACGUCAGAUCGAAAAGCGUCGACAUUGUUCUACCCACCGAAGCACAAACCAGAUAUACCGCCCUUCUACCCCCCAACGAAACACGUCCUUCCAGAGGACGUCAAGAGGGGGGCGGCUCGAGCGGAGGGCAUCGCGAGCCUCGGUCGACCCCUGAUUGGGGAAAUGAUGCACUCAACGGCGAACAUCUCUGGGUGCCCACUGCGGCUUCCGGCGACUUUUGUUACAUGAACGAUUGCUCGAAACACGGUCCACGAGUGAAAUGCGCGGCUUGUCGUGUCGUGGCACAUCUGUUAUGCGCCGGGAGCUUGAGCUUCGAGUGCAAACCGAGCUUCCGGGACGUGGGUGUCCGUCAAUAUCGGGAACAAACAUCGACCCACCAUCACUGGGUCCACCGAAGAUCGCAGAAGGGUAAAUGCGCCAACUGCGGCAAAGCUUUUCAAUCGAAGCUGAGCUUCAGCUCGAAGGAAAUAGUCGCGGUGAGCUGCAGCUGGUGCAAAGCCGCUUAUCACAACAAGGAGGCCUGUUUCAACGUCCAAAAAAUCGGGGAAAAUUGCGAGCUCGGAUCCCACGCUUCCAUCAUAGUGCCACCAUCCUGGAUCGUCAAGUUACCACGCAAAGGAAGCUUCAAAAGCAGCCUGAGAAAAUCACCGAGGAAGAAAAAAUCCGGCGGCGGCUCGGGCGCCUCCAGUCGACGGAAGAGCAAGGAAAAAGACAAGGACAAGGACGACAAGGAUCAGGGAAAAAUGUGGAUCGUCAAACCCAUUCCAUCCAUUAACGUCAGGCCCGUUAUAGUCUUCAUUAAUCCAAAGUCCGGCGGCAAUCAAGGCGCCAAGUUAUUACAAAAAUUUCAGUGGCACUUAAACCCGAGACAGGUCUUCGAUCUCACUCAAGGUGGACCAAAAAUGGGAUUGGAGCUGUUCAAGAAGGUUCCGAAUCUGCGAGUCCUGGCUUGUGGCGGCGAUGGCACAGUCGGUUGGGUGUUGUCGAUACUCGAUCAGAUCGGUGCGAAUCCUCCGCCAGCGGUCGGAGUUUUGCCGCUGGGAACGGGCAACGAUUUGGCGAGAGCACUCGGCUGGGGUGGCGGCUACACGGACGAGCCAAUCGGCAAGAUCCUUUCGAACAUGGGAGAGAGCGAAACGACUCUUCUUGACAGAUGGCAAUUGACUGUCGAGCGUAAUCAAAACGCGAACGACGACGACGGCGGCAAGGGCAAAGAGAGCUUGCCCUUGAACGUCGUCAACAAUUAUUUCUCAUUGGGGGUCGAUGCCCACAUCGCUCUAGAGUUCCACGAGGCUCGAGAGGCUCAUCCCGAGAAAUUCAAUUCUCGGCUUCGAAACAAAAUGUUUUAUGGCCAAAUGGGAGGCAAAGAUCUCGUGAUACGAAAGUGGAAAGACCUCUCGGAAUUCGUGACCCUCGAGUGCGACGGACAAGAUAUGACACCGAAACUGAAGGAGCACCGGGUACACGCGAUCGUAUUUCUAAAUAUAGCUUCCUACGGGGGUGGAACUCAUCCUUGGGGUGCUACGAGCGGGACGAAAGAGCCAUCCACCGAGGACGGCCUCAUUGAGGUCGUCGGACUGACGACUUUCCAGCUUCCGCUGCUCCAAGCCGGUGGCCAUGGCACUUGCAUCGCUCAGUGUAGCAAAGCUAAACUAAUUACGACGCGAACCAUUCCCAUGCAGGUCGACGGCGAAGCGUGUCGGCUCCUGCCAUCCAUAAUAGAAAUGAGUUUACUCAACAAAGCAACGAUGCUCGCGAAAAGGCGAAGCUCCAGCAAGCCCCAACAAAACACCGGCGUCAAGCUCGAGAGCCUCAAGCUUCCAGUCAUGAGGAUCAAAAUGUCCGACUACGAGGCCUUCCAUUCGGAUAAAGAUCGAUUGAAACGGGUUGCGGUAUCGUGCCUCGCCGAACCUCUCGACAUCGACGCUACCACAGACCUCGAAGCUCUUAGAAAAAUCCUGUCGAAGGACCAGCCUAUGGAUGCGUGCUGCUUUCUCGAUUCCUGCACAGCCGAACGAUUCUUCAGGAUAGACAGAGCCCAGGAGCAGCUGCACUACGUUACCGACGUCGCUGUCGAGGCGGUGUACAUCCUCGACGAGAAUCUAGGCGGCCAGAUGUCCAACGAGUCCGACGGUGGAAGGAACAGUCAUCCGGAGCCCGAGACUGCCCAGGCCUCGCCGAGCGAAGAACGAUCGGAUCGAAUGAUGACGAUGAGGGAGGAAAAGCCUGUAUCGAAUGAGCGACCCCGCGAUAGUCCGCACGUUUCUAGACAAGCUUCGGAAAGACCCGAAGACAAGCCAUCGGUCCCCGCAGAUAAGCCACCACCAAUGUCUGGACACAGCUCCAUCACAAAAUCGGAUUCUCGGCCUAAAAAGUCAGUCGAAUUGCCACCCGAGGUAUCCUACGUGAAAAACGACGACAACGCCGAACCAAUGUCCAACAAAUUAUUAGCCAAACAAACCUCAUCCAAGGCCUUCAGUGCUACGACCGCUGGACAGUCGCAGCAUCAAAAUUCUUCCACAUUUAUCAGUCCUCGGGACCGAUUGUUUGGCCUCAGUUCCGAAGUACAUAGCUUCAGUAGCGGCCUUCUUGAAAAAACAUGCGACGGAAUUCUUAGAGCAGCCAAAAUAGGAGACCUCAAAGCUCUACGAGAGCUCCACGAGCGAGGUUUUUCCCUACUGUCGAUUGACGCGAACGGCCAAACUGCUCUUCACGUCGCAGCCAGACACGGUCACAAGGACAUCGUCAGAUACCUCAUCGCGUGCGCUCCACCGACCAUUCUCAACAUGGUUGACAAUGACAAAGGGCAAACCGCAUUGCACAAGGCGGCACAGCAAAAAAGACGCUCGAUAUGCUGUAUGUUGGUCGCCGGUGGGGCGACACUCACGGUGCGCGACCGCUACGGCAAUACGCCUCGAGAGCUCGCGCUCGCUGCCGAGGAUCGUGACCUCGCCGCUUAUCUUCAUAUCGUUGAAAAUUCUUUUCUAGGUCAGGAACAAUUCCAAUUGGUGACCGAAGACAUGGACAACGGUCCAUGACCUCUAGGGCUCUGCGGUAGAGCUUAAACACUCCUGAUAAAGUACUCGCGAAGAUGAUCGAUUUGUUUUUGAACGUCGGUCGAUGAAUAUUCUGCAGAAUUCAAGAAAAAAACAUUGAAAUUCUUGGGAAAUUGUGUUUUUUGAAAACCCCUCGAAUUAUGUGAGGCUCUCACUUUAUUCUCACGUGGAGAACCAAUCGCGUCAAUCACUGUUUCACGAUAUCCUUCGAUUUUUAGAUACAACGUUGUUUAUUUAUAUUUUUAGAAUUAAGCCAAUCCGUCGGGUUUACUUUUCAAACCUAGGAUUUCUAAUGUGAGGUCCAACCUCACGACUCUCAGUUGCCUAACAUUUUUCGUAGUUUUCGUAACUGUUCUUUUUUUCCAGAAAUCACGCCUCAAUUUUUUCGUGGCGUGAGUUUCAUACGUAUUGUCUCUUGAGAACGAAAAGAAGCAAAGAAAAAAAAACGAAAAAAAAAAAAUAUAUUAUAUAUAUAAAAACACAAACGAUAACGUUUGAAAAAGUGAUCGAGGCUCACCGGCUGAGCUCGAUUAUCUUUCACGAUGAUUUUCCAAUCCUGCGCAUGUUGUUUUUCAACGACUCAACAAUCUUCUCCGUGAAAACUGCCAUUUUUCUUGCCACCGUUGAAUUUUAAUAGAUUUUUUUAUUCGUAGAAUUUCUAACUUUCACGAAUGUUCAAGUGAACUUGAGUUUUUUUCUACUCGUAUAUUUUCUAUGUCUAUAUUUGUAAGCAAAAAGAUUAGUUUCCAUUUUUCGAAGCCGAGCACCUCGCAGGGAAUAUUUUUAUCGCUAUUUUUUUCCAUUUCAAGUACAAAAACGAUAAGAAGAAUAAAAAAUUCCGAAUCAAAUUACUUCACACAUUGUGAGAAAAAUGGCCGAAUUGGCGGAGAAUUUAUUUAUUACCAUGUAUAUAUCAUAAAUAUAACUUAGGUACUAAAGGGAGCGACGUUCUCGUGACACAGACGACGCAAAUAUAGUAACGAAGAAAAAAAAUAAAGAUCAGAGAUUUUGAAGUGUAACGCAAAGAGGUGUGAUGAAAGCAGAUUGAGACUUUGCGGCUAAAAUUUACAAAAAAGUAACGAGAUUCACAGUUAAGAGAAAGUAUUUUAAUGAAUCGAUGACAGCGGGCACUUCCGUCGUGGCUGUCAUGUUUUUUCAAUUAAAAAAAGUCAUUUAUAUACUAACGGAGACUAUCAUUUAACUUAAAGUUUAACUCCAAUUUCACUACAUUUCGUCUUCCAUUCGGCCUUCGAUGGAGACAUUCGACAAAAACGAGGGAAAGAAGAAGACACUUUAUUCGUAAAUUCUUCGCCGGGCGACCAGAGGUCAAAUCGUUGCGAACAUGUAUAACGAAGAUCUAAUUGAAUCUCUGCUAAAAAAUCUUAGGUAUUAUGCCACUUGAAUGAAUAACGUGGGAAUUCAAUUGCAAGGGUCUAGGUGAAAAGAUAUCGAUGAUUAAAAGGCCGAGGAACGAAGAAAUGAAAAAGAAAAAUGAAUCGGUUGGGGACUUUGGGAAAGACAGGAAACGAAAAAAUAUGAUAAUCGGUACCAAAAUGAAAAAAAAGGGGAUCAAUGUACGAACACCAAUUAGUUCUUAGAGGCGGUCUAUUGCUACUGUAUUAUACUGUUACUGAAAAAAAAAAAACAAAACUAAUGAAAUAAUUUAUCUCCGAUCUCUCGACUAUAUCGUGUAUUUCAAUCGUUCGGUGAGAUCAUUUCGAGAGGAUUAUUAAAAGAAACGAGGAAACGUGUUGAAAAAAACAACUAUAAUAAUGGUCCCACGUAUGUAAAUACGAAUUUAGACAAAUUUCGUGUGUAUUUAUAAGUAUUAUCGCAGCGCGUUUAAUUCAUCAUUUUACAAUUGUCAAAUUUGCGUUAUUUCAGAUAUUUUGUUGAUCGUUUUUUCGUUCGUAAAAUUGAUACGAGUUAUUCGGCGUGAGUAGUGUUGAUAAUCGUAUACUUAUUGAACAAACAGAGUAACAAAAUAAGCAAAAAAAAAAUCUUCGCCUCGUACGUAUAUGAGUGGCAUGGUCUGGACCGUAAAAGUGUCCCAAAUUAAGAAGAAUUCUGAAUAAUGUGCAUCACGUUGUGUUUUUCCUUUGUCAUAAGGUAAUUCAACGCUCAUACGUCGUGUUUGAAACGAACCGAAACGAACCGAACGUUCUCCUUUUUUUCACCCUUUAAGGGACUUCUGUGCUCGAAACUAUUAUUACUCUUAGGUAGGCCCGGGGAAUAAUGUAGAAACAAGAAGAAAGAAGAAUAUAUAUAAAAGCUAGAGUUAUAAAUGUAUGUACACAUAAUCACGAGUGUGGAAAACUUGGCUCAAAAGUGCGUUGACUUUUGGGAAUGAGCUAAAAAAAAAAGAAUGUGAGAAUUAUUGUUAAAUUACUUGAUUAACAAGAGAGAGAGAGAGAGAGAGAGAGAGAGAGAGAGAGAGAGAGAGAGAGAGAGAGAGAAAGAGAGAGGGAGCAAGAGAAAAAGAAAGCGAGAGAGAGGGAGUAGAGUGAGAAACACACACACACGCGCGCGCGCGCGCGCACACACACACACACGAACACAGGGAUGAAGAGAUUAAAAUAACACAGUAUUGCCUUCCUCGAUGAUUUGGAUUCGGUCCGAAAAAUUUUCUUUUACGUUAGAGAGCAAUAAAAGAAUAAAAAAAAACUAUAAAAAACGUCGUAGUACGAUAAUUGUAGUAAUAUUAAUGGGAGAAAAGAAAAACGAGAAAAAUACAAUGUUGGACAAUCAUGAAUUUCGGGCCGAAUUCUUGUCACGAUUUAUUAUUCACUUAAUUUCACGAUAAUUGUCGGUUUUUUUGGACCAAUGAAUUAUGGUCGAUCAUUCGUUACCUCUUUUCCUCGCCAUACCACGGCUUCGAGGUGUUCGAAGCGCGACCAACAACAAGUGAAAAGAAAAAAAAAUACCCAAGCAAAUCCCUCGUAUUUCAGGGUACGGACCACGCAUUCGUUUAUCCACCACUUCCCUUUCUGCCCUCGAGGAGCUUUGUUUUUUGUCGAAUAUAACAUCGAAUAUAACAAACCAUCUGUUUCCCUCUUUUCGAGUGCGUAUAUAAAAACGUGAAAUUUUCCAUUUUUCGAUGAAUUUCUCAUAGAAUUACUGGCGAAAGGGUAGACUGAAGAAGAAAAAAGAACAAAAGUUCAACCCCGUCCGAGUCGCUCGAUAUUUUAUCGACUCGCUCGUCUCCUCCUACACGCGACAUUAUUUUUUAUUCACUUUUUAUUUCAUCGUUUCUUUUUUUCUCUUUCCUCGUUCCCUUGUUUCCCUUUCAAAGUCAAAUGCAAAAAAAAAAGGAAGUUGAAGAAGAGAUAGAAAACGAUUUAUGUUGCGAUCGUGAGUGGAAUAUCGCGUUGUUAUUGGAUCAAUUCUGUUGCGGAGGGUGAGACAAAAAUUCCACUCCUAUUUUUUAUUCCAUGCAAUUAUUCAUGCUUCUCCCCCCCCCCCCCCAUCCCCCCACCCCCCACCGACCUUCCGCCUUUCCUUCCGACGCCCUUCUGACCCUCGCCUCGAAUUUAUAUCCUCUGAUAUUUCGGACACUCGAAAACCACUGCUCUUAUGACGAAAAUACAAAGAAUUAGUUUAAUGAACUCGUGCGUCUAUGCGCUGAGACACGAAGAGAGCGCGUUUCGAGCCAAAUAUAUUUCUAUUUCUAUACGACUCUUUACUUAACAACACCAAAUGCGCGAAUUACGAAGUAUUUAAUGAAAAUUAAAGGCGAAUUAAAAGAAUAAUGUUAAUUAAUGAUUUUAAUGAACACGUUAAACCGUAUAGAUUGCGAACUAUGUAUGUAUUCUAAGAAAAAUAACGUGUGUAUUGUAAAAUUAAUGAGAAUUUUGGAGUGCGAGAGAAAAAGAGAAAAGAGAGGAAGAGGGAGGGAGAUAGGCCCUGUUGAUAGUAUCGUAGCCGUAAGAUUUUUUCCUGGUAAUUAAUUCAUGAAUUGAUAAUCAUAACUCAAUAAUUACGUAAUCGUUUGUUCUCGUAACUCCUGAAAUAGAAUUUUUCACGAUAUCGAUUAUAGAUAUAAUUAUGUGUUUAUUUAUUUUCGAUUGUAUUGAGAGAAGAAAUUCGAAACCGGAAAAUUGAUGAAAAAUACUAGUAUUUGCUUUCAUUCACCGAGAUAAAUCAAUUUUAAUUGGGCUUUUACGCGUUAGAAAUAUUUUUCUUAAAUGUGAAUAAACUUGUUGUUAUGGACAAUUGGGUUGAUAAAAUACGAGAGAAUUUUUUGGGUGAACAAAAAAUAUAAAUAUAUUUAUCUCUUGAAAUUUUGUCUUAAACUAAAGGAUUGUGAAGCAUCCACUCGAAUCGAAUUUAAUAUUAAUUAUUGAUAAUUCUCGUUCUACGUGGAGAUCUCUCGUCAAUGAAAUUCGUCUUUCUUUAUCACGCUUUCAAUUAUUAAUUCAAAAAAUAGUGUAAUUAGAAAUUUUAUUCUCUCGUUCGAGAGCUUAUCGUACUAAAGCGGAAAUUCAAAAUUCUUUAUGUGAAUGAAAAAAUCAUAAAAUUCGAUGAAAAACUUGAAAUAAUUUGUGGAAAAAUAAAUGAAAAAAUGGUUGAUGCUUUUUCGCGGAUUUAUCUCGCUUCUGAAUGUCCGAUUCAACUGAAAGAUGUGUGUGUGUGUGACAAAAAUUCACGAAAUUUCAACACCAUUGGAAUUAAUUUGCAUUUAUUUUUCUACUGAAUAUCUCUGCUCGAUCCGAUCCGGCGUGCAAUUUCAAGCGAAAAUAAAAAUUGAUGAGCCUCUGGAAACUUCAUUAUCAAUAGUUUCACGUUUCAUGGGAAUCAGAAUUUGGCUUGUGGGAGUGGAAAAAGUGUACCGCUGCGAGUUGAAAAAACUUUGCGUGGGUUGUACAGAAAUUCCGGGCGAAUAAAAGCAGCAAGAGAAAUAUAUCGCAACGAAAUAUUUCACCGGAAUCGGCGAUGUGCGAUGAGACCGAUAUUUAGCUUUUAAGGACUCAUUUCAUUUUAUUGAACAUUCUAAUUGAACUCGAAUGACACACAACGAGUUUCGAUACACUUGAUAUUACUUUAUUAUUGUGCCCAUCAUGUAGAUGGCGAGAGAGGGAAAGAGAGAGAGAGAGAGAGAGAAAGAGAGAAAAUGAGAGAACGAAAAUGGAACGCGUAGAAGUGAUAAAACUGCUGUGACUCGUUUAAGAACGAGAACCUCGGGCUCGUGUACCCGAAGCCUCCCGUAGGAAUAACGUAACGUUGCGUACGACAUUUACAACCCAAUCCUAAUUACCUAUUUUUCAUUAUAAACUGUAAAAAAGAAAAUUGUUACGAAAACUUCUGAAAAAAAAAAAAAAAAAAAAAAACAAGUGAAAAAAAGAAAAUAACGGUGAACAAAAAUGUAUGUAGAUCGUCUUGCGAACGUUCAAUCGUCAAAUUUUUCGCCAAAACAUUAUUUAUUGUCUUCGUUAUUCAGAGAAAAAAAUAAGUGCGAAAAAAAAACAAACAAAAAAUACGAAUUGUCCGAUGGUUCAUGGAUUAUUGUUGAAAACGAAUAUUUAUAAUUGAAAUAUUUGUCGUCAUGGGCGGCAAAUUAUUCUGGUAUUUUCCAAUGGAAUCUCCACGUACUUUCCUUCCUUAUAAAUAUAUGUAUAUAUAUUUAUAUCUGUAAAUAUAUAUAUAUGCACCAUAUAAUCCCUCAUUUUUAGUCAUCUAAUACGACCAAUCGUUACAUUUUUUUCUCUUAUCGAUUAAAAGAUGAUCGAACUAAUGAAAAGAAAAGAAAUAAAAAAAAGAAACCUGUAAAGUUUAUUUAAUUUUACGAUAAUAAAGCACUUUGGGGAAUAGAGCAUCA